CAUCCCAUCUCCCACAAACCCCACUUACACCUCAUGCAAUAUGAGCAACAUGAGCAAAGGCAACGACAACACAGCAAAGGCCGCGGAUUCUGCCAUUUUUGAGUGGAAUCCCGCAGAGCUCAUCAAGGGCCGCCCACAAUCUGCAGACAAGGCUGUGUCACAGUUAGGCUCGGCCGGAUUUGCUCUGGUUGUGCUCAACCAGCCCCUUCAUCAUCUCGAUGUGACCCGGCGGUUAUGGGACAAUGCCCAAGUUCGAGUGGCAGCAGAUGGAGGGGCAAACGCCCUCUACGAGGCAGCCGGCGAGCACGGGGACUCCUGUUUCGAUGACCUCGCCGUGAUCAUAGGCGACCUGGACUCCCUAACCCCCGCCGUACGAUCAUACUACGAGUCCCACAAGCCAACCGGUCCCAAAACGCGCGUCAUCCGCGACCCAGACCAGUAUUCCACCGACUUUGGCAAAGCAGUCGCCUACAUCCGCCAACAACACUCCCACACCACCACCGCCACCACCACCACCGCCACCACCACCACGGCCAGCUCUGAACCCCAGACCCAUCCCAACGAUGACAGCAGUAUCACCAACCAACCCCUCGACAUCGUCGCCAUCGGCGGCCUCGGCGGGCGCGUCGACCAGGGCCUGAGCCAGCUACACCACCUGUACCUGUUCCAGCGGGGCGCCGACUACGCCGACGGGCGCGUGUAUCUGUUCAGCGGGGAGAGCCUGACCUUCCUCCUCAAGCCGGGGCGGCAUCGCAUCCGGGUGAGGGAUGCUAACAGGGAUAGUGGUGGUGCUGGUGAUGGUGAUGGUGAUGGGGUGAGUGGGACUGGGGAUGUGUUUGGGAAGCAUGUGGGUAUCCUGCCCGUGGGCGGGCCGAGUCGCAUCACGACGAGCGGGUUGGAGUGGGAUGUGAGCGACUGGGAGACGUGGUUUGGUGGGCCGAUGAGUACGAGUAACCAUGUGUUGCCGACGACGGAGGUGGUGGAGGUGGAGACCACGGCCGAGGUGCUGUUUACUAUCGCGCUGCGGCAAGGGUGAGGGGCAGGAGG